GAUGAGGACGCUGGUGAUUCCGCAACACAUAGGCAGAGAAGGGAGCCGAGCUGCAACUUAACCACAUGUUUAAAUCAUCUAUUUGGACAGAUUACUCCGGGAUUCGCCGUUUUAAAAGAAGGGGACGACGUCAACGACACCCACUUGAGACCGCGGCGUUGAUAUGAGUUUUUCGCCCGAGGUCUCACGAGAAAGCUAGCGGAGCACAGCCGGCGAAUUCAAGCGGAGCCGAAAGGAGCAAAGGAACAGUUAGCUAGCUUUAGCCUGUUAGCUCCCCCACUUAGCCGCUAACACGUCCACUCUCGCCGCACACCUGCGCGCCGCGCUGCCCCGUGUUAUCGCAUCCCAGCCGGUUACCAGACAGCACCGCGGGCUUCUGCUUUAAUUUUUCCCCCGGCAUUUUUGCUUUGAGUCACGCGUUGACACCAGAGGAGGAGCGGUGAGAGCACCGUGACAGGUUGAGGUUGGGACCAGCGAACCGAGCGGUGUCCUCAAGUGGCCGUUAACCAUGGACAACGCACACACAAAGACGGUGGAAGAAGUUUACAGCUUUUUUAACGUGAAUGAGAGCACGGGUCUGAGUUUAGAGGAAGUGAAGAAGCAACGGGAGCGAUAUGGACCAAACGAGCUGCCAGCCGAGGAGGGUAAAUCCCUCUGGGAGCUGGUUGUCGAACAGUUUGAAGAUUUGCUUGUGAGGAUCCUUUUACUUGCCGCCUGCAUAUCCUUUGUGCUGGCCUGGUUUGAAGAGGGAGAAGAAACGGUUACAGCCUUCGUGGAGCCAUUUGUUAUCCUACUUAUUCUCAUAGCAAAUGCCAUCGUAGGAGUCUGGCAGGAACGAAAUGCAGAAAAUGCCAUCGAAGCGCUUAAAGAGUACGAGCCAGAGAUGGGAAAAGUCUACCGCCAAGAUAGGAAGAGUGUCCAGAGAAUCAAGGCCAGAGACAUUGUGCCUGGAGACAUUGUGGAGGUGGCAGUUGGUGAUAAAGUGCCUGCAGACAUCAGGCUGUCUUCUAUCAAGUCAACCACACUGAGAGUAGACCAGUCCAUUCUUACAGGGGAGUCUGUGUCUGUGAUCAAACACACAGACCCGGUGCCCGAUCCACGUGCUGUGAACCAGGACAAGAAGAACAUGCUGUUUUCUGGUACCAACAUUGCUGCUGGUAAGGCCGUCGGCGUGGUCGUGGCCACAGCUGGCAACACUGAGAUUGGCAAAAUCAGGGAUGAGAUGGCAUCAACAGAACAGGAGCGCACGCCACUGCAGCAGAAACUGGAUGAGUUUGGGCAGCAGCUGUCCAAGGUGAUCUCACUGAUCUGCAUCGCCGUGUGGAUCAUCAACAUCGGACACUUCAACGAUCCCGUCCACGGAGGCUCCUGGAUCCGAGGCGCCGUCUAUUACUUCAAGAUAGCCGUGGCUCUGGCAGUGGCUGCAAUUCCUGAGGGUCUGCCUGCUGUCAUCACUACCUGCCUGGCUUUAGGAACGCGGCGCAUGGCCAAGAAGAACGCGAUUGUCCGCAGCUUGCCCUCCGUGGAGACCCUCGGCUGCACAUCUGUCAUCUGCUCUGACAAAACUGGCACGCUGACCACCAAUCAGAUGUCUGUGUGCAGGAUGUUUAUCAUCGAUCGGGCAGAAGGAGAUCACUGUUCAUUAAAGGAAUUCACUGUUACCGGCUCCACAUACGCCCCAGAUGGAGAAGUGUUCCAAGAUGGCAAAGCUGUCAGAUGUUCCCAGUACGACGCCUUGGUGGAGCUGGCCUCUAUCUGUGCUCUCUGUAACGAUUCCUCACUGGACUACAACGAGACCAAAGGUGUGUACGAGAAGGUGGGCGAGGCCACAGAGACGGCGCUCACGUGCCUGGUGGAGAAGAUGAACGUGUUCGACACAGACGUUAAAGGCCUGUCCAAGAUCGAGCGAGCCAACGCCUGUAAUUCUGUCAUCAAGCAGCUGAUGAAGAAAGAGUUUACGUUGGAGUUUUCCAGAGACAGGAAGUCCAUGUCUGUGUACUGCACUCCUAAUAAAGCUCGCUCCUCUGUCGGCAAGAUGUUUGUCAAGGGUGCCCCCGAGGGCGUGAUUGACAGGUGCACACACAUCCGAGUUGGCAGCAACAAGGUGCCCUUGACUCCCGGUAUCAAGGAAAAGCUGAUGUCUGUUAUCAGAGAGUACGGAACCGGCAGAGACACCCUGCGCUGUUUGGCUUUGGCCACCCGAGAUAACCCCAUGAGCAAAGAUGAUCUGGUGUUGGAGGACUCCUCUCGCUUUAUUGAGUACGAGACUGAUCUGACAUUUGUGGGCUGUGUGGGAAUGCUGGAUCCUCCCAGGGCAGAGGUGGCGGCCUCCAUUAGGCUCUGCCGUCUCGCAGGCAUCCGAGUAAUUAUGAUCACUGGAGACAACAAGGGCACGGCGGUGGCUAUUUGUAGACGUAUUGGCAUUUUCGGAGAAGACGACGACGUUUCCACCAUGGCUUUCACCGGCAGAGAGUUUGACGAUCUGUCACCUGCUGUACAGAGAGACGCGGUGGUCAAGGCCCGCUGCUUCGCUCGCGUCGAGCCGUCACACAAAUCCAAGAUUGUCGAGUAUCUGCAGUCGUAUGAUGAGAUUACAGCUAUGACUGGUGAUGGAGUGAACGACGCCCCCGCUCUCAAAAAGGCUGAGAUUGGCAUUGCCAUGGGUUCAGGCACAGCUGUGGCCAAGACCGCCUCUGAGAUGGUGUUGGCUGACGACAACUUUUCCACCAUCGUAGCCGCAGUCGAGGAAGGCAGAGCUAUUUAUAACAACAUGAAGCAGUUCAUCAGAUACCUCAUCUCCUCAAAUGUGGGCGAAGUUGUCUGCAUCUUCCUGACCGCAGCUCUGGGCUUCCCUGAAGCUCUCAUCCCGGUUCAGCUGCUUUGGGUCAACCUGGUGACCGAUGGUUUGCCCGCCACCGCUUUAGGCUUCAACCCACCGGACCUGGACAUCAUGAACAAGCCUCCACGCAACGCUCGUGAGCCCCUCAUCUCUGGGUGGCUCUUCUUCAGAUACCUAGCCAUUGGAUGUUACGUCGGUGCUGCCACUGUGGGUGCUGCUGCUUGGUGGUUUGUUGCUGCUGAGGAUGGGCCGAGGAUCACCUUCUACCAGCUGAGCCACUUCCUGCAAUGUGGUCCAGAAAAUCCUGACUACGAAAACUUGGACUGUAAGGUGUUUGAGUCUCCUUACCCCAUGACCAUGGCCCUGUCUGUUCUGGUCACCAUCGAGAUGUGCAAUGCCCUCAACAGUGUGUCAGAGAACCAGUCGCUGCUGCGGAUGCCUCCCUGGGAGAAUGUGUGGCUGCUGGGAGCCAUCUGCCUCUCCAUGUCCCUUCACUUCCUCAUCCUCUAUGUGGAGCCUCUUCCAAUCAUCUUCCAGAUCACCCCUCUGAAUCUGACACAGUGGUUAAUGGUGCUCAAGAUCUCACUACCCGUCAUUCUACUGGACGAAAUGCUGAAGUUUGCUGCCAGGAACUACCUGGAGCCUGGUAAAGAAUUGGAGAAGCCUGCCGGCUCCAAAAGCUGCUCCCUGUCUGCAUGUUUGGAGGGCAUCUCCUGGCCCUUCGUGGCCAUUUCCCUCCCCUUGGUCCUCUGGAUCUACAGCACCGACACUAACAUGGCCGACAUGUUCAUGUCCUGACUGACUUGAGCACAACCUCGACUUUUCCAUUCCCCACCCACUGCCAUCACUUCCCUCUUUCCUCUCCUCCUCCUCCCUCUUCUCUCUCUGCCUUCCUAAAUGUGCAUAGUUAGCGUGUGUGCGCGCGUUUGUAGAGUUAGUGUGUGUGCCUGUGCGUGCCGACCGCGUGCGUACGAGAAGGACCAACUUUAACACAUGAAACGUAACGAAUACUAUCAAAAAAUGUUAACAUUAAGAAGUCACCUGUUUUAAGUUGGGCUAGGAUUUGUGAAUGGGUGAGGAAUUCAACGUGAGUGUCAGAAGACCAUCACUCCCAUAGCUGUGGACUUGCUGGUUGCUGGUUUGAAAGAAAAAUAUACUGUUGCCAUGUUUCCUUUGUUAAUAUUUGCCUUUAAGGUUCAUAUUUUUAACGAUGUUUGGAAUAUAAUUUCUAUGUCACUACAGUAAUAACAGCAGCGUUGUUUUGUUUAACUUCCCUCGUAAUGAAAAGGAAAUUUAAGAUAUCAGAAAUGAUUUGAUCUGUACAGAGAUUCAACACUAUUUUAUGCAACUUUAUUAUUUUUUUUCUUUUCUUUUUUUUUUAAAAAUGGCUUUGUAAAUUGUUUGACCAGCGUGGCUUAGACAUAUACCGCCUUGAUUUAUUUUCAAAUGUUUACCAUUGUGUCUUCAGUAUAAACUCAGAACUCUUGCAGAGAGGACAAGCUCCAUGUGGCAGACGAGGACGGGGGGAAAGGUUUGGGACUCGGAGUGAAACGUUUGAAUGCUCAGCUUAAACAAAACAAGAGAGAGAAAAGAAAAAAAAAUAUUCCUGAUAAAACAACAGCCGCAUGUCCUGUGACCAAGCAUGAACUGUACGUGGUUUCUCAUUUCUAAUUUAAUUGUGUAUGUCCCCCAUGUUAGAGCGUAAAUUAACUACAUGGAUGUUUUUCUUUUUUUUUUUUUUUAUUGAUUGAAAACAAGUCAGUUUUUCUGCACUGGGCAGAGCACAGCUACCUCAAUACGAUAAAAGAAAUUUUUGUUUUGCUCAUCUCUAGAUGCUUUUCCUCGACGGUCUUGCUAAAGCGUAACAUCUGAGGUGUGCCCCUAUUCGCUUGUGCAGAAAACAAAGAACAAAAUCUUCCUUCCCGCUUAACAUUUUUAAGGAUAUAUUUUGUUUGUAUUGAUUUGUGACAUUCAUUAACUUUAUUUGUGGUGGUUUUUUUUUUGCUCUGGAGACAGAACUGGGUGGGGAUGCUGUACCAUCUCCAUGGCGUUUGAUUCAAAGGACAGUAACAUCAAAAUCUUAAAGAGAGAGAGAGAAAAAAAAAGAAAUACUAAUCCACCAAGUACUUCAAAUGAACUUGGAUUGCAAAUAAACAACCCAAAAUGUUUUUUUUACUUCAAGGAAAAUACACUCAUAAACCCUUUGAAUCAAGUGUUUUCUGUCUUUAUUUAAUACGAUGGAGGCCCGUGGUUAUUCUUCAUAUCCAGUGUUUUUUUUUGUAUGUUCAUAUAAUACUUGAAUACAGAUCAUUUCAGACAUAUGAA